AUGCCUAGUCGGACCACUUCGUCCGCUGACAACAUUGUGGUGAUCGGAGGAGGUGCCAGUGGUCUUGCUGUCAUCCUUCAGCUCGUCAAGAGAUUUCGCUCCGGAAAGCCUGUACGAAAGAUUACACUAAUCGAGAAAAAUGAAGAAGCAGGCCCCGGAUUGGCGUACUCGCCGGCCUGUGCUGGUACGAUCCUCAACAUGACCAAAUCCACAAUGGGGCUGUAUCCGGACAACCCCAAUCAUUUCAAUGAGUGGAAAAAUGACCCGAGCCUGAAACUGUACCCUUUCCGUGAGAACUACGGAGACUAUCUCCGCGCUAUGUGGUCUCAGUCCGUGGAAGAUAUCCGAGAGAUGGGAGGUGAAAUCUCCUUUAUCCAGGAUGAAGUCCAGGAUAUCAACCGCGACGACGACGGCACCUUUACCCUUACCCUCGAAAAGAACGCAAAGACCCUGUUCGCAAAGGAUGUUGUUCUGGCAGUAGGGAACUUUACUGUCACAGCGAACCCUCACCUGAGUCACCUCCCAGGUUAUUUCCCCUCGCCUUGGCCCACAUCCAGAUUGAGGUCGAUCCCGGCCGACGCCCCCGUCAUUAUCCUCGGAUCUCGCCUGUCAGCCAUUGACGCCGCCAAUGCCCUUGUCGACAGUGGUCACCGUGGCUCCAUCACUUUCAUGUCGCGCAGCGGUCGACUGCCCAAGGUACAGGGGGCACCCGUUCCUUUUCCACGUCGAUACAACCUUUACACUCUCGCCAAGCAUGUUCACGCCCCGACGCGCGUGGGUGCUUCCUUUGCCAGUCUCAUGAGCGGUAUCAUGGAGGAAGUCUCGCACUUGGCCGGCAACGAUUGGAGCUGGCUGCUUCAGAACCACGAGUGCCCGAUGGAGGAGCUGGAAUCCGACAUCAAAGAUGCGCAAGAGGGCAGAGCUGGAUGGCAAACCGUUCUGCGCAGCACGGCACCACUGGUUGAGCGCUAUUGGCGUUCUCUUGAGAUGCAUGACAAAAAGUUGUUCUACGACAAGUUCUACAGCUGCUGGAUGCGGUACCGACACGGGAUGCCUGUCGAGAAUGCGGAAAAAAUUCUGAACAUGAUGAAGCGAGGUCAGCUGAAAGUCGUCAAAGGCCGAGAAAUCGAGUCGAACGGGAACGGCUUCUUCGCAAACACGUCCGAUGGCAAGAUCGAAGCCUCCUAUGUGAUCGAAGCUACUGGUCAGGAGUGCCGGGUCACUCACGCUCCGUCGCCGCUCAUCCAGGCUACGAUGCGUAAGGGGAUGGCCACUCCCCACCCGCUGGGCGGCUUCGUUGUAAACUUCGACACCCUUUCAACAUCUCCUGGCCUGUACACGAUCGGAUUGUUCACUCAGGGUACUCACUUUUAUGUGAGCUCUGUCGACCGCAUUGCCGAGCAUGCAUCCCGCCUUGCCGAUGCGCUAACUGGAGAGCCUUUGGCGCGCCCCUUGCACGUUGCUGUUUUCCUCCGGGGAGACCCCUUCUCCCACAUCAUGGCUAGUAGAUUGGUCCCUCGACUUCUCUCUGCAGGUCAUAUGCCGUUCUUAUUCGUGCUGCCCGCAGGCAAGACCCCCGCCAACGGGACGACCGCAUCUGUCCGUGCGCGGCAGCUUGCAUUUUUCGAAAAGGCGCUCAUGAAGCAACACGUCAUACCGUUCCUCAAAGAUACCCCUCAGAAUGGCGCUGAAUGUCUCUCUCUUGACCAGAUGAGAACGACGUAUGGAAUCCUCGUACAAGACGUCGACUUCGCCCCCUCCGAGGAAACCCUCCACAAACACUAUAUUGACCUUGGGCUUUCGCUUGACUGCACGACAACUCGCCACUUGUCGACGGACAUCCAGAACUAUUUCUCUUGGCCACGUAGGCUGCUAAACAUGCACUCGACCGCCAGUCUGAACGCCGAUCGUUCUCCGUUCCACUUGCAUGACAUGCAGGACUGCUGUGAUCGAGACCAGUUCGACCUCCAGACUCUUUCGGCGGAGUAUUCCCAGCCCCUAAUUGAUGCCCAGAAUCGUAUCUCUGUUCUUGGGGUAAACAUGGCCGCUGACCUUGUGGACCGUGUUGCUCGGGGUAAAGACCUCCCCAAGGCAUUGCGGGCCGCGAAAGGGCCGGACACGAAGGAAGUCAAUGGUGGACAGCAGAAGGAUCUUAGCGAAGUUAGCACAGACGCUGUGGUAGAGACGGUAGUCAAGUCGUAUGCAUCUCCAGAACAACAAGGGCAUUUCCGGAAGUACCUCGCUGGAGCUGUGAAAAGCUGGCCCGGGGAAAACCGAGGCGAAGCGAAAUCGAAGGAAUCUGGGAAGGAAAGCCGUUUCUGUGUUGAAUGUCAUUAA